CUCAUUGGUGGAGAGGUACUUAGGCGACGCUAGGCGCUCGGCUACAUACAGGCUUAUGUCGAAAACUUGUUUUGACCGGCUGUCCCUCAGUCUUAUAAAUUUAAGAACCGAGUUCUGAACUUCAAGUUUGCCCCCACGUCCUUUCCCGCUCGCAAGAUCUUGAACACAUACAAGCCAUCUCAGUGUGCACAUGACUAUUUCAGCGUCCCAAUGGGGUUCCCCUGUCGCUUCCAGGCGGGCUCUGCUCAUUCAUGGCAUGUGUAUGUGCUCGAAUUCCUGGGAGGGUCUCGCUCAGCUAUUGGCGGCAGAAGGAUUCUUCGUCGUAGCUCCGAAUCUCCUCGGGCAUGGAUGGAGAGGGGGCUCGGACUUUUGCAUGUCCGCCUUUGCGGAGGACCUCCGACCGUAUUUCGUCACGGACACGUCUUACGACGUAAUUAUCGGGCAUUCUUUUGGAGGCUCAGUGGUCCUGUCUUUCUUGCCAUUCUUGCCCAGAAAGAAAGCCACCACCAUUAUACUCCUCGAUCCUGGACUCGAGUUUACAGAGCACCAAAAUAACAUGAACAGAAAAUUAUUCCUAAAGGAAACGUCGAAAAUCAGGACCGCCGAGGAGCACAUGGCUAAGAAUCCUGCUUGGUCACAACGUGACUGCGUGUUAAGAACGCUAGGAUUCUCCAUGUCCGAUCGCACUACCGUUGAGGUGUUUCGGCAAAACAUGCCAUGGACUUUCAAUGGCCUGGUCAAAAACGUCCCGCCCAACGCGAAGAUCACCGUGCUAUUAUCAGAUCCGAAGUUGAGCGGUAUUUGUCUAUUGGAACACAUUCCUCGUGACGUGGAAAGGGUGAAUGUUAGAGUUCUUACCGGCAUCGGUCACUGGAUUCAAUUCGAGUGUCCGGAUGUUAUCAUGGACACCAUUCCGCUACCGAGAGCGAGACUAUGAGCCGUGUGAAGAGAUAGUCUUUACGGAGUCUGCCACAUUCAAGCACCUAAUGUAGAAUAUUUUCUUAGUAACGAAUAAUGGAGUUUCUCAUCGUACCUAAAAGGGUGGGUCAUGAUAACGACGAAGA